CCCAUCCCGUCCACUGGCUCCUAACGUGCGCUCCUCCAUAACUCCGCUCAGGCAGCACUUCUCCAGGUCCCACUGAAGGAGACCAGUGAUAGUGCACAUGCCUGAUCAUGCACAUUGCUCCUCACAUGAACGGAGAGCAUCGAUUCUGAACACCGCGCUGCCGGGGAAUUGUUGCUUUGGGAAUUUGUUUUGUUUUUACAUUGCAGGUUGAAUCAGGACGUCUCCCUGAUCUUCUGAACCAGCACCAUGAUCAGAGCACCUGUCAUCGCCAUCGGCCUGGCUCUCCUAGUGUCUUGUGUUUGCUUGGCCAAGCCCAACGGAUCGAAGAACAAGAAGCCGAAGCAAGUGGUUCCAGCCAUAGAGUGUGAUGUCCGAGCGGGGAAGGUCAACCUCCCAGAGUUCAUAGUGAAGUGCCCCUCCCACUGCAAGGAGUCCAAGCAGCAGGUCUACGGCACGGGGGUGUUCGCCUCCAUCUCCAGCAUCUGCAAUGCGGCCAUACACAAUGGGAUCAUCACCAACUCUGGGGGGAAGGUCAUCGUGAAGAAGAUGCCGGGGCAGAAUGUGUACAAGGGCAGCAACUCCAAUGGACUUCGCUCUCUCUCCCUGCCCAAGUGGAGGGAGUCCUUCGUUCUCUCAGUGGGGAAGCCAAAGAAAGGAGUGAUCUACCCCUCCACCCUGUUCUUCACGCCCUCCAGACCAACCUACGUGAAAACCAGCCAGAAGGAAACCACGACAACGAUAGCUCCCGAACCCAUCACGACCACAACGCCAGUCCCCACCACCACCACCACCACCACUCAAGCCCCCACCACCACCACCACCACCACACCCCUACCCACCACCACCAAAGCCCGCACUGCAAUCCAUAAGAUCAGGGAUGCAGGCAGCAGCCACCCCUAUUUUGCCUCGGUGGCCGCAGCUGCUAGUUCAAGGCAGACUCAGACCGGCAAGGCGACCAGUCAAGUGCUCAGAGGAAGUGUCUAUCCGAAUAGAUUCCCAGCACGUGUAAAUCAAGGUCUGCGCAGACCUGAGGCGGGGGCAGGGUCCACUAUUCGAAGGCAGCCCAUCGCUCCAGUUGGCACAGCCUUUAACAGGGUGCAGCCGGCCCCAGCAGCAGAGCGGAUCCCCAGCGCUGGCCAGGCCAACCCCGCUUUUCCGCGACGGGAUUGGCCGCCACCCCCCUUCGCACGUCCCGAUUGGUUCCCCGGCGCCCGGCGACCGGCAGACGUCAGCUAUGUGGCUCCCGACUCUGGCUACAGCUGGGGCGAGACGGACACACCUGAGGCUGCACCUCGUCAAUACAGGCCUGACUUGUCAGAGUAUGAGCGCUGGUUUUAUAACUAUGGACCGUACCCACCCCGCGCCCCCGACUCAGAAGGCAUUCGCAAACCAGCGGUAGACGCAACCCACACCCGAGUGGAGCCGGUGGAUUCCUGGAGGCCAGACACUCCCUUGUAUGAAUCAGGCUUCAACACCCGGGAGCAAGACCCCAUCCCUAGAGCCCCAGAACCCGUGUCCCAGGGAGACCCAAACUGCAAGGUGGACCUGGCCUUCCUAAUGGAUGGCAGCUGGAGCAUCGGGAAGCGGCGCUUCAAGAUCCAGAAGGACUUCCUGGCGGAGGUGGCCCAGGUCAUCAACCUGGGGGUGGCAGGGCCCAUGAUGGGGGUCAUCCAAUAUGGAUGACCGGUGACAGAGAUCAGCCUGAAGUCCUUCUCCAACUCCCGGGACGUGAAGGCGGCCGUGGAUAAGAUUGCCCAGAAGGGAGGCCUCUCCAACGUGGGGAAGGCCCUCUCCUUCGUCAACAGGCAGUACUUCAGCGACAGCAACGGUAACCGGGGGGCGGCGCCCAACGUGGUGGUGGUGCUGGUGGACGGCUGGCCCACGGACAAGGUGGAGGAGGCCUCGCGCCUGGCCCGCGAGUCCGGCAUCAACAUCUUCUUCGUCACCAGAGGGCCCGACGAGAACGAGAAGCUGAACGUGGUCGAGGCCAACUUUGUGGAUAAGGCGGUGUGUCGCACCAACGGCUUCUACUCCCUGCUGUCCAGCUGGUUCGCCCUGCGCAAGGCCGUGCAGCCGCUGGUGAAGCGCGUGUGCGACACCGACCGCCUCAUGUGCAGCAAGACCUGCCUGAACGCCAACGACAUCGCCUUCGUCAUCGACGGCUCCAGCAGCGUGGGCACGGGCAACUUCCGCACCGUGCUACAGUUCGUGGCCAACGUCACGCGGGAGUUCGAGAUCUCCGACACGGACACGCGGGUCGGCGCCGUGCAGUACACCUACGAGCAGCGGCUGGAGUUCGGCUUCGGCCAGCACAACAACAAGGCGGAUCUGCUGAACGCCAUCAAGCGCGUCAACUACUGGAGCGGCGGCACCAGCACGGGCGCCGCCAUCACCUACGCCGCCGACCAGCUCUUCAGCAAGUCCAAGCCCAACAAGCGCAAGAUCAUGAUCGUCAUCACCGACGGGCGGAGCUACGACGACGUCAGGGCGCCGGCGCUGGCCGUCCACCGCACAGGUGAGGGGGGCGGAGCAGGGGGGGGGUGA